AUGACUGAAGCAGUCGCCGUGCCAGAGCACAAGCUGGCUGAAUCGCCAAAUACACGCUCAAUCGAGAUAUACGACUGGUCCAUCCAAGUCUCCACGAAUCCAAUCUCGAAUUCCGCUGAACUCGAUGCGCUUCAAGGCUCCCUGGGGAUACCCCUACCGGAGAUGACCUUCGGCAGCAACUACCUUGAGCUGGAGCAUCGCCCAAGUCGCUGGAUAUACAGAUUUGAUACAGAGAACGCUCUCAAAGGUGUACGCAAGGGCGAGCUUCAGGACGGGGAUGGCGGUGUCAAAGUCGGCUACGCAGACGCUUGGUUGAAAAGUCGGACGGACCCGUCUUCUGCGAGCCAGAUGCCUACGACGGUAGCCACGAAACCGUACGAUUGGACAUAUACCACAACGUACUCAGGACAUCCUAGUCACUCCGGUUCAGACGGUUGGAAAAUCGACGAGUCGUUACAGAUCCCUAUGGCGGAGCUCACACGACCGGAUCCGAUUCUGUUCUUCGCAGAGGUUCCUCUGUUUGAAGACGAGUUGCAUGACAAUGGUACGGCAAGCUACACAAUCAAGAUCCGCGUGAUGCCGACAUGUAUCUUCCUCCUUGCUCGUUUCACACUCCACGUCGACAAUGUGCUGUUUCGCAUGCAUGAUACACGGAUGUACCAUUCGUUUGCGUCGAAGCCACCACAGUUUAUCCGAGAGGUGAGCGGUUGGGAAGCUCCAUAUGAUAUCGUGAAACGGAAACUACCUCGGCGGGAUGACUUGACGCCGUUGACUGACCCGCAAUUCAUCGGGAAGGUCUUAACGGAGAUGAACCCCCGGAUUUCGCAACAUGAAGGUGCAAAGACGGGCUGGAGAGGUCUUGGAACCACACGGGCUGUCAUAAAACUGGACACGGUAGCCGAAACAACAGAAGCAAUGGCAGGACUCAGCGUAGCCUCGACGUAA